AUAGGCGAUAAGAAAGAUUAAAAGCGAUAAUAAUAAAAUAAAAUGUGUAAAAGACAGGACAGUAAAAUGUUCGGAUAGGCUGGAAAAUGUUGUAAAAUCGUAAUUAAAACAGACUCGACGAUCGGAGCUAACGAUAUAUAUAUAUAUAUAUAUAUAGUUGACAGAGUUGCUUUUCUCGCGAUUUAUCUCGUAAAUUUUAAGAUAAGUUUUAACUUUUAACGUAACAUUUGAAAAUUCGAAAGUCGGUAAUAAGGUGUUGGUCUGGAUGAGGUUAAGGAACGGCCCUGGGCAUGGUCGCUAGCAACCCUUCCGAACUACGCGCCCGGCCAGUUUCAACGAGGGUGGAGACUGCGCCGUGUUUCGUUGUCGUCUACCUAUUACGUCCGUGCGUGCUCUCGAGACGAACGCAUCGCGCCUCUUCUCUCCGUUAUUUAUAUACGACGGACGCGUUGGUGGCCGAUGUUUAACGAUGACUCGGAAACGGUCGUCCAAACGGAAUAACCGCUGAUCGUAAAGGGAGAAAAGGGGAGACGUCAGAGAAUCGAGAGAUUUCACAUUCUUCGCGUAAAUCUACUAAUUACAGUUUGCAGUUUGAAGUUUUCCAAAAGCUUCGAGUAGAUCUAAUGGUAGAAAUUGAACAAACAGAAAAUUACGAUUAUAAAUAAAUAGCGUAUCGUAAAGCUGGCAGAAGCAUGUCUACGAGAUCGAAGGAGAAAGUGGUGGCUGCUUUUCGAAAAUUCUUUCGACCCUCGGAGAAGAUCUCGGAGCAAGACGGAGCAAGCAGUUCGACGAGUUCUCCGUCCAGGAGGCUUCUGAGCCGACAUCAUCGCCCGGAUGCGGUCACUCCUACCGAUGCCACAUUGUCCGACAAUGCCGGCGCUAGCAAUUCUAAUCACGCGACUUGUUUCUUCAAGUCAAAAAAAUCUACCGCUAAUUCCACGCAGGGAACGGUUGCGAUGCCGGAUAAGAGAGUUCGUUUACGUCGCUUGAUGAAGGAACUGAGCGAAAUUCAGAGGACGCAGAAUCGACUCGAGUCAACGUUCACCGCGGAGUUGGUGAACGACAAUUUGUUCGAGUGGCACGUGAGACUGCACAAGAUCGAUCCGGAAAGUGAACUGGCCGCGGACAUGAGGGAGCUCGAUAUACCUUACAUACUUUUGCACGUGGUGUUUCCUGAGAAUUUCCCGUUCGCUCCGCCUUUUAUGCGCGUUAUUUCGCCAAGAAUCGAGAAAGGCUUCGUUAUGGAAGGCGGUGCGAUCUGUAUGGAGCUUCUCACGCCCAGAGGAUGGGCCAGUGCGUACACGAUCGAAGCUGUUAUCACGCAAUUCGCGGCCAGCAUCGUUAAAGGCCAGGGCCGCGUAGCGAGAAAACCAAAGACCAGCAAAGAAUUUAACAGACGUUCCGCCGAAGAAUCCUUCAGAAGUCUAGUAAAAACGCACGAGAAGUAUGGUUGGGUUACGCCGCCGCUUACAGAAGGAUAACUCUGCAGAGUUCCUUCCGAAGGAACGUAAGACUUUGUUGUUAUUUAAGAAUUCAUGCUCGCGAUCAACAGGUUUCGGAUGUGACUUCGGUUUGUAUCAUUACGGGAAAUAUUCGAUAAUCGCGCAAAGAUCCGGCCUCCAGUUUUGUCAAUUGCGCGCACGUGAAAACGAUCCUCUUCCUAGAUCGGAGAAAAUUGGAAAACUGAGAUUUUAGACGUGCCAAAUUUUUCACUCGUGAUCGAUGAAACCUGUUUUUACCAACAGCUUUGUCACAUUUUUCCGAUUAGAACGACACCGAAUACCAUGUUAUUUCGAGCAUAUUUGUUUACUUAGCAAACGAUAAUUAAUCACAUAUCAAGUAGCAAAUGUAAUUCGAAUUACAUCGCGUGAUUGGCUCAUGGUGAAUUCGUACAAUCGUUCCGUUCUCUUCGAGUUCCAUCAUCAUCUUUUUAAUACCUUGUAAAGCGCGACAUUUUUUCAUCUUUUCUUUUUCCCCACGCGUAUAACCGUUCAUCUCGCUUGUAAUAUCUCGUCCGAGAUAUUACACACUCUGUUUCUGCUUACGAUCGUGUCGUUCCGUGUCAGCGUAUACAUCGCUAUCGAACGUCGGUCGUCUGGCUCGAUCGAAACGGUUCGAUCGAAAGUAUCGAGCCAAACCCGAUACAUCGACGAUAAAUACAUCGCUUUUAAUCGAGUUACGAAUUAUAACGGGCGUUUCUUGUAUUCCUGCAGCCUCGCAUAUGCCCUAUUUUCUUUUUUUUUUUUUUUUGCAAACGAAAGAAUAAUCGGCCGGCAUCCAAUACCGAUUCGUGUACGCUGCCACGGACGUAUAAUUACAAAUAGAAAUACAUUGCAGCGAUACCUUACGAUAUCUCGGAAAUAAAGCGACACCUAAACGGUUAUAUAUACGGAGAGGACGGAUCGGUUCUACGAGUUCGUCGCGCUCGUUUUAAUCAGAAACAUCUAUCAAAUACGUUGGUAAAACUUUUAUUAAGAAAUGGCGAAAAACGAUAAAGUUUCGACUUUAAAUUGGUAUAGAAUUAGUAGUGAGUACGGACGAGGACCGUGCGUCAUUCUGUACGCUUAUCGAAUGCUUUCUGUACUUCCUUUUCCCGGAAACGAUGUAACCGCGUUAUAAUCGCAUUAAAUGUUGCUUUUAUAAAUGACAGGUAACGUAACACGUAGUUGAAAAAGGAAGGUGGAAAUCAAGAAUUUGUUAAUUCGGUCGAAACGAUUAUGAUAAAGCUCGAGAUUUAGUUACGAAAACGUUAUUUUACCAAUUCCAUGUUGAAUGGAUUAUCGGUAAAACUAUCACGAUCCUACUACGAGUAAUAAACACAACCUAGUGAUAAAUAUUUUAUAACUUUUACGUGGGUAUCUAAAUAUAUUUACAAAUAUUUUUGUUAACUUGUUACCAAAAAAUGUCUUUCAUCCAGCGAAUUAGUUUCGUUCCAUUAAAACGCAUUAAAACGCAUUAAAAGAAUAAGAAUUUCGCGGUAUAGAAGGAACGUGACGUUCGUUACAACGAUCGAGUAGUCUCUCGAUUCUGUAUUUCUUUGUUUCAACUCUUAUUGACUUGGGCAUACGAUGCUACAAACACGUGCAUACAUUUUUAUAUCGCGCCGAUUAACAUUUGUAAAAAAAAAAAAGAAAAAAAAAGCGUAGCGUUAAGUUUAGCUUUUAUCAUGCUAGCCAAUUUCCAAACAUACUUCAUAGCACUGUAUAAUAUAAUUUUCAGUAUUCUGAAAUUGACAACAUUAUUCUAUAUAUGCAUAUGAAUGCGCGAAACAUUCUAUACUAAUUGUAAAUCGACUCAAAUAUAUACAUCGUCCAAUUGUAUUUACUCGAUACUGUUGUCUCUAUGAUCGAUCGUGAAAUGAAAAUGAGCGAAAGAUAUUCGGUUAAAAGAUUAUAUCCAGUUUGUUAUUCGAUCGAAAACAUCGGUAACGAUUAGCAUUGUUUAUCUAGCAUUGCGGCUAGAAAAUGAUUAAAUAAAAAGAUUUGUUACAUCGA